UGGCAAACACAAGAUGAGAGAGAGUCAGGAAAGAGGGUUUGCACUGAUCUCGCCUUCUGUAUCGAAGACGUGUUAUCCCACCCACUGCUUGGAAACGCAGCGCUAUUGCGCACGGGCAGUUGCUUAGAAAUGAGAGAUCUUUAAAUCGAGAAUUAAUCAGUAACUCGCUGGCAGAGGCUGGGAACCCAAAGCUCAAGGAAGGAACUUGCAGGCGGCCGUCAAGAUACAGCUGGCAGGCUGGAAAAAAGGAUGAGAUUUGAGACAUUGGCGCUGGUAUAAUUAUCCAGUGUCUCCUCUGCAGGAAACAUCGAUUCCUUUGGAAGGAACAGCAGGGAUACACAUUGAUACUAACAUUCAACACAAAAUUCCUUCUGUUGCUGGAGUAGACCAGAAAUGCCAGUAGAGUCGAGGUAUUCUGAGAUGGACUUUGACAUUACACCGAGGAACAAGCUUCAGAGUGUGGGAAGAAUGGGAAGUGGUGACAGUGGCUUUGGUUCCAGGUCCAGAAACUCCAAUCUGGAUGAUGACUUCAUGAGCUAUAUGUCUCACGAGGAAAAGGAAUGUAUUCUGUUCUUUGAGACAACUCUGGAUUCGCUGAACGAUGAUUUGGAGGAAGGUUACUCUGUGUGCAGUGUGAAAAGUGAAGAUCUGGCCACACCAAUACAGACCACCCCGGGAACUGAAGAAAUCAUUGACUUAGUAGCAACCCAAUCUCCGACAACAAAAUGUAUUCCUAAAUAUGACAAUGUUCUUCCAGUUGACAAAGACAGUGGUGUGCUGCGGAAAGAGGAGGUUCAGACAAAGCAAGAGAGUCCGCCUGCCGUGCCCCCUAUGGCACAGGUUAGAAAGCAAAGAAGCUUUGAGAGAACUUUACCAGAAUCGGAAAUAGAGUCAGCCAGAGUCUCUUGGAGCCAGACAAAGCCGCCCGGAUCAGUGCCAACUCCGAUGGUCAUCGCACAGAAGAUUGCAGAGAAAAAGGGCGGGAAUGGGGCCACAUCGCCUUUGUCACCAAAAGAGAGGAAGUGGUCCACAUCUGAGAGCGACCAGCCGGACUCGAUCUCCCCGACCGAGAGUCAUGAGUUUCAGUACAAAAAUGUGAAGCUGCAAAGGUUCCCGUCCAACAUCAGCAUUUCUAUGGCAAACAAGGAAUACAACAACACCAUCACCAAAGCAGCUGUCAAAGUUCAACAGCGCAAAGCCCAAGUGUUGGCCAAUCUGGGUGGGGCAAGCCUUCUUGCUGUUGAAUCUGAUGAAAGGCAGCAGAAAGAUAAUCUCAAUGGCCCAAGGAGGAGCUUGUCGUUCAAUGAGGUGGUGGCAAACCAAGCGAGGGGUGAGACCCCGAACAAACUGGGGCUGGUCAAAGAAUUGGACGAGUCUGAGUCGGAUAAUCCCAGUGGCUUCAAGCCAAAGACCAGGAAUCCACCUCUGUCUCAGUCUAUGAAGGUCCAGCCUGUGUCCAACGGUGCCCCUGUGACCAAUCCCAUCACCCCAGCUGUGAAAGCUCCGGUCUCCAAGCCUGAAACAAAAGAGACUCCUCACCUCGGUCCCUUAAUAACUACUUCUGAAAUCCACAGGUCAAGGUCCAUUCAAAGACCAACUGGGUUCAGGUCUCAAGGAAUAACAGUCCAGUUCUCAGGCCGUGGAGCAACAAAUGAUUCCCGCAAAGAAGCUUUACGGAAAUUGGGCUUACUGAGGAGCAAUGACAUUCAAUGAAAACUUGAUGAUCACUUUUCAGGGACAUUUUAUGAUGCCUUUUGUUCAAGAGCAAGGAAGACAAUCCUGCUUCCGUGCUGCCUUUAAAUAUAACCAAAAGGAUUUCUUUAAAGUGCUAGCCUUUGACUAAUGAUGGCUGACUCAACUAUUGUUGAGUGAUCAGAAUGACACGUUGACCAGAGAGCCAGCAACUGAAGCAGAUCUUCACUCAUCCCUCUCUUUUUUUAAUUCAGUGGAGAUGACAUCAUUGGCCAGAAUGGAUCAAGUUCGGGUCAUUGUAUAUGUGAUUCUCAUCUCUUUGAGCUUGUUUCGAGCACUGUGCAAUGUUCCAAAUGGACCUAAAUUGGAAGUAUUGGUGAACCUUGGGCUAUCUCAGCUGCAGGAAGAUGAAUCACCUAAGCUUCAGACCAUCUUCAAUGUCAUAAACCUCACCAAUAAGGUGUAACUCACCAAGUCAUGAAUUAUAAGGAGUGGAAGCGACUUGGCUAUUUGUCCAAUAUACAACUGUCACAGUGCAGCUAUAACCCAGUGACAAGUUGCUAAAUACUCUGUUUAUGUGAAGCAGAGUGAAAUACUCUACAAAUCACAUUUGGAGAAUUUGUUUGUUUGACUCCUGUGCUGUUAGAGCGUGGACCUUAUCUACUAGACUGUACUGAUCUAAGCUCAAAAAUGCCAACAGAGUAAUGGCCCUACAUUCAACAGCUCCCCCAACUGCCAACUUCCAGGCUAUUUACUUGUGAAAAAAAUCUGUCAAAGUGACAGUAGCAAUCCAGUCUCUCUUGAGUUAAACACUAAAAUAAAGAACUCAGGAUGCUGAAAAGGGAUGCUGAAAAACGGAGUCAAAUCAGGUUGUGUCAGAAGUGGACUAACUGCUUACUAACCCAAAGGAAGGUUCAAAAGUGGAACUUAUCUUUAAGGAAAGACAACACCAUUUUUAUUUUUAUUACAUUUGUCUUAACAUCUAUUUUAGAAAGAGCCACCAUCUCAUUUUAAGUAAUACAUUAACCUUUAUUAUUUGUUGGAUGAUAUGAUUCUGUUCAUGAAGUUGUUGCAAUUGGAAACAGUAGAUUUAUGAACAAAGUACAAUUUUAAAUCACAUAAAGGGGAAGGAAAGUAAGGGAUGUGUUUUUCUUUUAGUCAAAGUGCUUUUCAGCGAAUGAAAACACAAUGCCCAUCAACAAUUUCCCCUGUUCCAGUAACAUCCUUAAUGACAGAGAACAGAAUCUCUCUCCGAGCCCUGGUAAUCUAUUAAGCUGUGAGUUCCAGCAAGGCUACACAUGCAAAUCAAGUACAAUUUAUAGAGACUAUAAAAGAGUUGUUUAAACCUUACUAAUGCAGUGAGUGCUUCUCAGAACCUCUGACAUGGAGGUGCUGGUGUUGGACUGGGGUGGAUAAAGUCAGAGGUCACAUGACACCAGGUUCUAGUCCAACAGGUUUAUUUGAAGUCACCUGAUGAAGGAGCAGCGUUCUGAAAACUUGUGGUUCCACAUAAACCUGUCCGAUAAUAACCUGGUGUCAUGUGACUUCUGGCUUCUGUAAACCUCAGGCACUGUGCUCCUUCCUUCCACAAUCUUUGUCACUCUCGCCUCUACCAAACAAAUUGCCCUCAAACUCUCUGUCCUGUUAUUAAAUAUUCUUCGCAUUUAUGGCCCAUCCGUAGUUGCCCUUGAGAAGGUGGUAGUGAGCUGCCUUCUUGAACUGCUGCACUCCCUAUGCUGGGGAGGCACGGCAGUGUUGUUAUUGAAGGGAGUUAAAGGAUUUUGAUCCAGUGACACUGAAGGAAUGUUGUUACAUUUCCUCAGUCAUGAUGGUGAGUGGCUUGGAGAAGGAUUUGCUGGAGGUGGUGUUCCCACUUAUCUGCUGCCCUUGUCCUUCUGGACGGUAGGACCCAUUUUCUUGAUUACUACUUCCAGAGAAAUUGCCAGAACGUCACCACCUGCGAUGUUGCCCCACUUCCCAACCCAAUUUUGUGCUCAAGGUUCUACCUUCCUAGUUGUGCAUCUCUUCCAGAAUUCAGGUGGAAUCUAUUCACUUGGAUUUCUGCCCAUCUUACAGUUCUGAUGUAACGUUAACCAUAUUUAGACAGCCAUCCUGUGUGGCUGCAGUCAGGAUUCUUUGGUUUUAGUGAUCCAUCUCAUCCAUCCUGCAACCUUUGAUGUGGCUGAUCCCUGUGAUGACGCUCCACUCACUGCCCAGUCAGCGAGCUGCCUGUUCCUGCUCCUACUCUUUAUCACGACUGUGUGAAGUAUCUCAUUUCUGCCCCUUCACUGUGGAUGCAGCAGAGAGCCAGGGGUCCAUCAUUAGCCCCUUGCCCUUUCUCAAUUCCAUACCCCAUGAAGACAUCAUUCCCUAAAAGCUAAAAAUAGAUCUCUGCACUUUUUUGAAAUGCUUGUGAUGUUUGUCUGCCGAAAUAUCAACCAUUUCCUGAAGAAUUCGAGCCAUGACAACGCCACUGGAUUUACACACUGUGCCAUUAGAAUCAGACUAGUUACAGUAUGGAUAAAGGCCAUUCAGCCUGCCCUAUCUCUGUUGGCUCCUUGCAAGAGUGACUCAGGGGAGUCCAUUAUCCAAUAAAAUAUUGACACUAGUUGUUAAUUUGACAUUUUCUGGCAAAGAUAUUCACAGACUAUCAAAAAAGUAUAGUUACAGAGUAACCAGGAUGCAAAUAAGUAUCUCCUUAGUUUGAUAGAUGGACAUCAUUUUUGGAACCCUUUUGUUCUCUGAAAAGGAUAUGGAAGGUUUGGGAUGGGUCAGAAUGUGUGAGCUAGCUCUGAGACUGAUACACUUUUUAUUCCAUUCAGAUUAGGUGGAUUGGCCAUCUUAAAUUGCCCAUAGUGUCUAGGAUGUGCAGGCUUGGUAGGAUAGGGUUACAGGGAUAGGUUCGAGGGGUUGGAUCUGGAUAGGAUGCUCUUCGGAGAGUCAGUGUGAACGUGAUGGGCCAAAUGGCCUGUUUCCACACUGUAAAGAUUCUAUGAUUCUGUGAUCAAGUGAUGUGAAGCCCACUCAGACAAGAGGAGUUGAAAUGACAGACCAGUCCUGGUCCAAUGGAUAUUUUCUAAUCAACGUGUUCAGAGAUGUUAUUACACACCUCUGGAGCAGAUGGGACUUGAACCCAAAUGGAAUGGUUCAAGAGGCUAAAUGGCCUUCCUCCAGUUCUAAGCUUCUCAGUUUGUGACCAGGUGAGCCCAGAGCAGUUUGGUGCUGUCCUCCUCCCUUCGGUUAUUGAUUGGGAUUUCUGCUGGUUUCUCAGGGACUGUUCCUUACACGGAAGGAAAGCUUUCCCAAAGUGUUGCCAUGGUGACGGCAAUUGGUCACACUGAAAAUAAAAUUGUCAAAAAGGAAAUUUCUAGCAAGACCGUUAUCCUCUGGUCCCUUAGACUCUCCUUCCUUUUUGAUUACUUCAGUUGGUAGGUUUUGUACAUAUGGGAUGUUUUGUGUAAAUAUGUAUGAAUGGCAUUGUAACAGAAUAUUUUAUAUAAUUUACACAGAUGCUUCAGGUCAAAAUCUUUAUCCAGUGCCAUCUCUACACAAUAAACUGAACCGUUCACAAUUACUGUAACUAUUAACUUCAAAUCAUGUUUUCCACAUUUUUCUUGCUAGCAGAAGGUUUAGACCAUGUGUCAUUCUCUUUGAGUUAUUAGUACAAGUUACACAUCUCAAAGUCUAUUGGCCAUCUCUUUGGAGUCUUGGUUGACUUGGUCAGACUUCCACUCACUGUUGGUCUUAAAUUUGGGAUGUCAAGGUUGUUAAAUAUUUAAAUAAAUCAACCCCCCAUUGCAGGAGGAAAACAUCUCACCCUCACUUGUCUAUGUCAAUGGUGACGUGCUACACAAUUAACACUGCACUGAAUGUUGUAGUGUACCUGAGAAUGAUCCUCCAAAUAAGACAUUUUGGAAAGUAGGACCAUAAAAAAUAGGAACAGAAGUAGGCUAUUCGGUCCCUCAAACCUGGUCUGUUAGUCAAUAGGAUCACAGUCGAUUCAACAUUCCUCACGUCCACUUUCCUGCUCUUUUCCUGUGACCCUUGAUUUCCCGACUGAUCGAGAAUCUAUCUAUCUCCACCUCGAUUAUACAGAAGGACUCUGCCCCCAAAGCUCUCUGUCGAGUUCCUCAUCUCAGUCUUAAAUUGCUGUCCCUUUAUUCUGAGACUGUGCCCUCUGAUCCUAGAUUCUCCCACGAGGGGAAACACUCUCUCAGCAUUUACCCUGUCAAGCCCUUAAGUUGUCGGCACAAUGUCUGUUCUUAUUCUGGUUUGUAUUUUACAACAUUGUUGUUUAAAUCAAAGUAAUUCUGAGUCUUUCCAUUCAGUGACUACUUUUUGCUGCAUUGUGAGGUUCCUCCUUCAUGUUUUCUGCUGCAUGCAGACUGACUGGUUAAAAGAUUUUGAGGUGAACAUACAGAGCUGUGUGCUAUCAUUGGAGUGGAUUACCUACAAUAGAAUAUUGUGAGCUGGUCACUAGUUACAGUAUAUUCAUAAUGUGAAGUGCUUACUAACUUUCAGCUCAUCGCACCAAAUAAAACUACAGUGAUGCGCUGUUCAUGAAUUAACUAUUACAUUUUUUAUUAUAUUUGCAUAUAUAUUUGUCUUUUCAACAGAUCAUUUUGAAAUGCAUCCCAAUAUUAAAUGAUAUUUAUGCACAUCGCAAAUAUAAACAUUUUAAAACUAAUUACUUCACUUGUGUUCCACUGAUAAAUCACAUACGUGUACACUCGAGUACAAUUAUCGAACAAGUUAGACAAUAUUUUUUUAAAAGACACUGUGAAUGUUCUGGAACAGUUGUGUGGGGGUACUGGUGGGAGAUUUCUUGUAUUUCUUAUUGUAAACAUUAAAAGACUACAAAUGUAAAGAAAAA